AUGCUGUUGUUCACUUCCUCUUGCAAGUCUCCUUUACUUUCUAAUCGUACUUUUUCUUUCUUUGAUAUUCUGGUAUUUCUUUCUUUCUUUCGUUUACUUAUCUGUUUUACUUCCGUCUCUUUCUUUCUUUCUUUCUUUAUUGCUCGCUUGCUUUCUUUCUUUCCUUUCUUUCUUUCUUUUUUCUUUCUUGCUUUCUUUCUUUCUUUCUUUCUUUCUUUCUUGCCUUUCUUUCUUUCUUUCUUUCUUUCUUUCUUUCUUUCUUUCUUGCUCGCUUGCUUUCUUUCUUUCCUUCUUUCUUUCUUUCUUCCCUUUCUUUCUUUCUUUCUUUCUUUCUUUCUUUCUUUCUUGCUUGCUUGCUUGCUUUCUUUCUUUCUUUUUUCUUUCUUGCUUGCUUGCUUUCUUUCUUUCUUUCUUGCUCGCUUGCUUUCUUUCUUUCCUUCCUUCUUUAUUUCUUUCCUUUCUUCUUUCUUUCUUUCUUGCUUGCUUGCUUUCUUUCUUUCUUUUCUUUCUUUCUUUUUUCUCUCUUGCUUGCUUUCUUUCUUACUUUCUUGCUCGCUUGCUUUCUUUCUUUCUUUCUUUCUUUCUUUCUUUCUUUCUUUCUUGCUCGCUUGCUUUCUUUCUUUCCUUUCCUUUCUUUCUUUCUUUCUUUUUCUUUCUUUCUUUCUUUCUUGCUUGCUUGCUUUCUUUCUAUAUUUUUCUGCUAUGUUUCACUUCUGA